AUGGCGCUGCAGCUGCAGCUGCCGCGGCCGCUCGCCGCCGCCAGGCCCUCCAUCCUCCUCCGUUCCCCUGCCCAUGGCGCCUCCGCUUCCGCGACCGCCGUUCACGCCCGCGCCGGUGGCGUCGCGUUCUCGCUCCAGACGAACGUGCGCCUCCUCAAGCCCAACCGCCGCGUCCGCCGCUCCCGGGACCCCUACUACGACCUCGACGAGGACGAGGACGAGGACGAUGAGGAGGAGGCGGAGUUCGAUGAAGACGAUGACGACGAGGGCUACGAGAGCGAUGAUGACAUGUCGGGUUUGGAAUAUCCUGGUGUACUUUAUUCAAACAGCCCUCGUGCUUCAAGCAAGAGACCAGGACUGCAAACUCCACUGGUGAAAGAAAACUGGGAAGGAAGACAACCCAAAACCCGUGAUAAAUACGACAGUCCAGGAAAAAGUAAGUCCCUGCAUCCUAGGAGUAAAGUGGGACGGUCAUCAGCAGAUCUUACGAACAUGGACAGUGAAGUUGAGUUGAAAAAUGCAAGUAUCUCUCGAAGUCUGUUCCAGAAACUACAAGAAGAAUAUGACUUCGAUGACAAAUGGUUACCGCUGAUUGAUUACUUGUGCACAUUUGGACUAAAUGAAUCUCAUUUUACUUACAUCUAUGAGAGACACAUGGCCUGCUUUCAAAUCAGUCAGGCUUCAGCAGAAGAAAGGUUGGAUUUCCUGCUAAAUGCUGGGGUUAAAAGCAAGGAUAUGAAGAGGAUACUGGUCAGGCAGCCACAGAUUCUCAAAUACACCCUCGGAAAUCUGAAAUCUCAUGUUGAUUUUCUCGUGAGCAUCGGAGUUCCAAAUACACGAAUAGGACAAAUUAUUUCUGCUGCCCCUUCGAUGUUUUCUUACAGUGUGGAGCAGUCUCUGAAGCCAACUGUAAGGUAUCUGAUUGAGGAAGUAGGUAUUGAGGAGAGUGAUGUGGGGAAAGUAGUGCAGCUAAGCCCACAGAUUCUGGUGCAGAAAAUUGAUAGUGCAUGGAAAUCUCGAUCGCUUUUCCUGUCAAAAGAACUGGGUGCUCCCAAAGAUAGCAUUGUUAAGAUGGUCACAAAACACCCUCAGCUGCUUCACUACAGCAUUGAGGAUGGAAUCUUACCUCGAAUAAAUUUCCUAAGAAGCAUUGGUAUGAGAAACACUGACAUUCUCAAAGUAUUGACAAGUCUUACUCAGGUGUUAUCUUUGUCAUUGGAGGACAAUCUCAAGCCAAAGUAUCUUUACUUGGUCAAUGACCUCAAGAAUGAGGUUCAAUCCUUAACGAAAUAUCCUAUGUACCUGAGCUUGUCUCUUGAUCAGAGAAUCCGUCCCCGCCACCGUUUUCUGGUUUCAUUGAAGAAAGCUCCAAAGGGUCCAUUUCCUCUGAGCUCCUUUGUGCCCACAGAUGAGCGUUUUUGCCAGAGGUGGGCUGGGACUAGUUUGGAGACAUACCAUACAUUCAGACAGAGGUUGCUGCUAACAGGUUUUGCAGAGAAGUCUGGAAGGAAAACACUAGUCUCAAGACGCUAG